CAAUCAACUUAAUUUAUCAUUUCUAAUUCUAAGAACCAAUUACAAUUUUGGAUAAUGGGUGUCACCACAUACGAUGUUGAAAUCGUUUCCUCGAUCUCACCAGCAAAGUUAUUCAAGGCCUUUGUACUAGAUGUCGAUAACCUCGUUCCUAAGAUCAUGCCCCAAGCCAUCAAGAGUAUUGAGACAAUUGAAGGCAAUGGAGGACCAGGAACUGUCAAGAUAAUCACUUUCGGUGAAGGUAGUCAGAUCCAAAGUGUGAAGCACCGAGUUGAUGGGAUAGACAAGGAGAACUACACCUAUAGCUACAGCAUAAUCGAGGGUGAUGUUUUGAAGAACGGGCUAGAGAGCCUCUCAUAUGAGAUCAAGAUCUCUGAGGGCUCCAACGGAGGGUCGGUUUGCAAGAACACGAGCAAGUAUGUGAGCAAGGGGGAUGUGGUGCUCUCGGAGGAGGAAAUCAAGGAAGGGAAAGAGAAGUCGUCGGCCAUAUACAAGGCUAUUGAAGCCUACCUAUUGGCAAACCCCGAUUACUAAGUGUGCAAAAAUGUCGCAAGUGGCUCGGUUCUAGCGAGUUUGUGUGUUUUUGUUCUUAUAAUAAGUUGUGUUUUGGGAUUUUUAUAAAUGAUAAUAAGAUUGGUGAUCUAAGUAAUCUUGAGGUUGUAAGUUGUCACCAAUGAUCAUGUAUUUUAAUUUCAUGUUUGAAUUUUCAAAGUUUUAUAUAAUUUGGAAAAUAAUAAUAUUGUUUUCAUUGUUCUUA